AAAAGUGGUAUAAUAUAAAUAACUGGUAGUCUUGUGUGUUCGGCAACUUUUCUUGGCGGAAUGCUAAUUUUUCUCUCCGAACUUCUUGGCCGGAGUUGACGAGAUGGCUUCAAACAUCGCAAAGACGAACGCCGCUAACGCCGUAGUGAAGAAUCACAACAACACUUCCGUUCUUGGCACCAAUUAUGAGAACAGGGAGGCCGGUGGACCCAUCAGGAGAAACCUCUGGGCCGAAAAAUACGAGAACACCGAGUUUCCUCUCUGUCCCGAUGCCAUCGAGAAUUACGAUAAGCUUAAAAAAAUUGGACAAGGGACUUUUGGUGAAGUGUUCAAAGCCAGACACAAAAUAACGAGAAAUAUUGUAGCCCUGAAGAAGGUAUUGAUGGAAAACGAAAAAGAAGGGUUUCCAAUUACAACCUUGAGAGAAAUACGUUAUUUGAAGCUUCUAAAACAUGAAAAUAUUGUCAAUUUAAUUGAAAUUACCAAGACAAAAGCCUCUACCCAGAGCAGAUACAAAUGUCAUUUCUACCUGGUCUUUGAGUUUUGUGAACACGAUCUCGCAGGUCUUCUUGCCAAUCCAAAUGUUGUCUUUUCAUUGAGCCAUAUCAAGUGUGUUAUGAACCAAAUUUUAAAUGGUUUGUUUUAUAUACACUGCAACCUCGUCCUGCAUAGAGACCUGAAAGCUGCCAACAUUCUCGUAACAAAAACUGGAAUUUUAAAACUGGCUGAUUUUGGCUUAGCAAGAGCAAUCAGCAGUUCAAAAAGUUCACAAAAUAGGUACACAAACAAAGUGGUCACUUUGUGGUACAGACCACCCGAGUUGUUGCUUGGAGAACGAAACUACGGACCAUCAGUCGACAUGUGGGGUACUGGUUGUAUCAUGGCUGAAUUGUGGACUCGCAGUCCAAUCUUGCAAGGUGGGUCGGAACAACAACAACUCACUCUUAUAUCUCAAAUUUGUGGCUCAAUCACACCUGAGGUAUGGCCUGAUGUCGAAAAAUUAGAACUCUACAACAAAAUUGAAUUUCCGAAGGGUUUAAAGAGAAGAUUAAAAGACAGAUUGAAACCCUCGAUUACUGACCACAAUGCUCUUGAUCUACUGGACAGAAUGCUUUUAUUGGAUCCAAAGCAGAGAAUUGAUGCAGACAAUGCCUUGAAUCAUGAUUUCUUCUGGGAGAAUCCUUUGCCGGAAAGUCUAGAGAAGAUGUUGGUUCCACACACAACCUCCAUGUAUGAAUUGUUCACAGCGGCACGCAGAGGCAAACCUGCUCAGCAACCAAAUGCUAAAUUAAAUGUAAAACCUUUCUUUGCCACUGAUCAAAAUUUUGAAAGAGUAUUUUAA